UAAAAACUUAUUACCACUCAUAGCCCAAAUCAACAUUUACAAUAAUCUAGUAGGCUUUAUUUUUAACUUUAUGUAGUUAUUUUGUAAAAUUAUACUUUAAUAUUUUUUGUAAAUAUUUACCAUGUUAUUUUCUAAAUUUGUAUCAAGAGUUGUUCAUAAACAUAUUUACUUCCCGAUUAUAAAGAGGUCAUGCUGUAGUGCCUCCCGCUGUGGUGGCGCUCCUCCUGUCCCCGAGGCUACCCCCGAGGCACGGGAUGAAGGGGGCAAUCCGGGGCUGGUGCUGGGCGUGUUCGAGGAGAGCGGCAGCUUCGAGCUGACGCCGGCCGCCGCGGAGGUCGACCAGAAGAGCGGAGGGAAAGUCAGCCAGAAGCUUAAUGAACUAUCCUGCUCCAUGAAGCUGGGCACAGCCUUUGUGAUCACGGACGUGGCUCCGGAGUACGGGGCGGUGGCGCUGGCGAGCUACGGGCCUAAGGAUGCCGGGUGGAACGAACUGGAGCAGCUGGAUGAGAAGCGGGAGAACAUCCGUCACGGCGUGGGUGCCGGUGUGAAAGCGCUGUCGGCGCGGCGGUGCGCGCGCGUGGCCGUGGACGCGGGCGGGGAGCCGGCCGCCGCCGCCGAGGCCGCCGCGCUGGCUGCUUGGAGGUUCCAAGAGUUCCGUUCCUGCACGGACCGGGACCCCGUCUCGUCCGUCUCUAUGUACGGACCCCCGGACCCCUCGUGGGCCACGGGGUCCAUACGCGGCGAGGCGCAGAACUGGGCGCGGUACUUGUCGGAUAUGCCCGCUAAUAAGAUGACGCCUGUUGAUAUGGCUCAGGCAGCCCUAGACACUCUCUGCCCGCUGGGCGUCAAAGUCUCCUGCCGCGACCGCACCUGGAUCGAGGCACAGAAGAUGGAGGCGCUACUGGCUGUCGCGCGCGGCUCGUGUGAAGAGCCCAUGUUUCUGGAGUGCGAGUAUAGAGGCACCGAUGGGCCUCCGGUGCUACUGGCUGCCAAGGGGGUUACUUUCGACAGCGGCGGUCUCUGUCUGAAGCGUCCUGAAGACAUGGUAGAGAACCGCGGCAGCAUGGCCGGCGCCGCCGUCGCGCUCGCCGCGAUUAAGGCACUCGCGCUGAUGAAGGUGCCAGUGAACGUGGUGGCAGUAAUCCCGCUCUGUGAGAACAUGAUCAGCGGGCAGUGCAUGAAGGUGGGCGACAUGGUGCGCGCGCUCAACAACCUCUCCAUACAGAUCGAGGACACGGACAUGGAGGGGCGGCUGGUGCUGGCGGACGCGCUGCUAUACGGGCAGGCCGCGCACCGCCCCGCGCUCGUGCUGGACGUGGCCACGCUCACACACGGCAUCCUGCUAGCGACCGGCGGCGGGGCGUUCGGCGCGUUCACCAACCACGCGGGGCUGUGGGGCGCGCUGCGGGCGGCGGGCGGCGGCGCCGGCGACCGGCCCUGGCGCCUGCCGCUGUGGGGCUACUACCAGCGGCAGAUCACCAACGAGCCAGCCGUGGACCUGCGCAACAAGGGCUCCGGGCUGGCCACGGCCUGCCUCGGCGCCGCCUUCUUGAAGAACUUCGUGUGCGGCGACUGGCUGCACCUGGACAUCACGGGGGUGGGUAAGCUGGCCCACUCGCAGCCCCCCUACCUGGACCAGCGCCGCAUGACGGGCCGGCCCGCGCGCACCCUCAUAUACUUGUUUGAGGAGAUCAGUAAGGGGUGCCUCAAGAAAGAAUCGGAUCCGUCGCCGUGCGCGAAUAAGGAUUAGAAGACUGAUGAUAGCUUAUUACAGUAUUUGCGCUGUAGUAUGAUGCGGGUGACAACUCCCAGCUAGGAAUACAAAGUCCUUGGGAAUAUUAGCUUGGUUAGAGUCCGCGCCACCACUUAAGUUUUACGGCAAAGGCAGGAACUACAAGUCAUAUGGGGCAAUAUUUUAGUUCAGCUUAGUAUUGUUUCUAGCUGAUAGAUGUCACCCGCAUCAUACUAUAGGGCAGAUAAAAUAGAGUAUACUGCACUGUUUAUACAAUACCUUAUCUUUGUCUAGUCUUGUGGUUAACUUAUUUUGUUAUGUAAAAGCAAAGGCCCAUCAGCACUGUAAUAACUAUAUGGUUAAAUUAGCAUGGCAGCAACCUAUAUUCGGGCUGCAGAAGUAAAGCAUUACAAGGUUUGGCAGUAUCAUUCAAUUAUUAGAAACCUGACAAAGCCUAAAGUUUUUUAUUGUCAAUUACCUAUGUAUGUAAAAAAACAUUAAAUUUCUACCUACUUUAUUUACUUAGCAAGCCAACAAAUCUAGUCUGUUCAUCCAUAAACAAGGGGGGAUAUAGAAAUAAAAUAAGAUAUUGUAGUUUUCGUAUUUUAUUUCUUAAAAGAUUAACCGUAGAUUGCGAAAUUAAAGAUUGAAGAGAUGGUUCAGCAGAUUUCUUACAAUCGUAGUGAAAUGUUAUUUAGGUAGGAGAUUAAUUAAUUCGACAAUGAGGUGAUACAAUAACUGGAUGAACACCGCGACAUUGAUAUGAGGAGGAAGGCGAUAGCGGGACCUGGCGGAACGAACGAGGGAAAUGAAACACUGAUACUUAUUGACCUAAAAAUGAAGAAACAUUUAUUUUCAGUAUGUCUUUUGUAUAAUUUAAUAACAGAAUGAAUCGAGGGUGGUAAGAGAUAACAGAGCGGAUUACUUCCCGUUUCGAUAGAAUAAGUUUCACCAACAAUAGAAAUAUAAUAUUUAUCGAGUCAUUUACAGAUACAAAUGCAGUUACCGAUAAAUCUAAUCAUUCGUUUAUUGAGUUAGUUAAAUUUAAACAUUUAUUAUGAUCAUUAAUGUACAGAGUGGGCGUACUGAGCGCUAUAAGACCUCUAGAGGUGCCGGCGCGCGGCGUGGCGGGCGGCGGUGUGGCCGGCCCGGCGGGGUGGCCGGACCGGCAGCCGCCGCGGCCGCUAGCCUGCGCCGGCACGCAAUCACACACUAAUAGGCUUUGUAUAUUUUUUUUAGGAUUUUUUAAACUUUUAUCAUCACGUACUUUAUAAAUAUCUCAUACUUGAAAAAAAUUAACAUUUAAAAUGUUUGGGGGUGCCGGGCCCAGGGGCGCCCGUCGCCACGACAUCACAAAUAUACACAAAUAUAAAUAAUGAGCCGACGACACCAUGCACGAUACCAUCACAUUGCGACGCAACUAUUCGUUCCCUUUGUACCGCUACGGUUACAUAUUUCUUACAUAAACGUUAAAUUAACGGAAUACUUUAAAAUCUAAAUAAAGAAUGAGGCGACGGCGGACGAGGCCCGCUGCCCCGAGUCAUAAUCAUACCAUUACAAUUACAUCAUAAUUAAUUAAACUGAAACGAUGACAAUAUUUAAUUUAUCGCAAACACUAGAGAAAUGCAGGUCCAAUACGAUGGUAAUAUUGUGUGU